GCUCAUCGAUUUAUCAUAAAAGAACUAAUGACAUCCAUCGAAGGAAGAGUCUUUUCCUCGUCAGAGAAUAACAAACACUUUUUUACAAAUUACGAUAUAAAUCAUUUUAGUCUGAUGCAAGUUCGUAGAGAAAAACUGCCCGUCAACUUACGGAAGAUAGAAAUCUUAUAAAGACUGCAUACGUGAGAAUUCUUUUUCAAAUUGAAAUAACACACGGCGCAAGAAAUCGUAGUAUCAAUCAUCUUCCAUCCAAGGAUGUUGGCCAUGUGCAAAUGCUUCCAUGAAAAUAUGGAUUUCAAACGGUCGGAAAAUCUUUUGAAGUAUAAGGGACAAUCUUCAACUAAGUUAUCAUACUAAAUGAAAUAUUAGAAAUAUUAAUAAUCUGGUACGUUAGAAAUUUUCCUGGUAUCCAAGCAGAGGGUUUGACCGAGCAAAAUUAUUAUGAGUUCAUGCGAGUCGGGGUGAAAGAAAGAAGCGUGGACAAGACAUCGCAGGGAAGCCACGAGGACGGUUCCCGUUGUUCGGUAAAUGCGCAGAAGCAUCGCUUUGCUCGGCCGCGGCAUCGCGACGAGGGCUAACGCAGUCACGAAUCGCGCGGCGUCCGUGCCGGUUCAUCUCUCCGUGUCCGAUUCGUGCUUUCUUCGGUUUUGCAAGCUCAGGCGAGCUAGUGUUUCCCCUGUCGAUUCUCUCGAGAAGUUCGAUCGAUCGAAAAAAUCGAGAGGAUUGAAGAAAAGGGUGAGGCAUCGCUUUGCGAAAUAGUUAUAAAAAGAACAGUUGGAGAAAUCGAUAAAAUUUAAUGUGACAAUAUUGCAAAGUUGACAGUGUUUAUUACAUUGGAAGUGAAAUGAUAUGAUAUCCAGAGUGGACAUUGCAUUUACAAAAGUUCGGACGUCGAAGAAAUUUCAUUCGAUACCUGCGGCAAUAUAAUUUGGACAAGAGUUUCAGAAAUUUAUUGACAAGGUUUGAAAAUAUAUUAAACCGAAGAAAAUUAAAGUACCAGUUUGGUACAGUAUAAUUAAGGAGUACUAAAAUAAGACUGGUGAGUAAGUUUGAUCCUUGAGUGAAGUUCUCAAACCUACAACCUAAAGUGAAUAGUAAACAAGUUUAAUUAACCGGCCAAAUCUUUAUUAAACCAGUUCCGCGUUCGGUAAAUUGUAAGAACGAUACAAGGAAGUCCGUAUAACGAGUCAGUUUACCCAAGGAGAGCGACCAAUCACUGACCCUUAAAUGGAUUACCACGUACCUCGAACUCUUAAAGUAUUGGAACACAGGUACACCCUUAGCCACCGUCCGAACACGAUGCAACCAAUUUAAAUGAAUCACAAUUACAAAGCAACAAACGUCCAUUAACACCGGAAGAAUAACAAAUCGAGACAUUGCAUUAAGUGUUAAAUCACCAACCUAGUCCAUCAAUAAUGAAUGGGCUAGAAAUCAACAUUUUUCUGAACACAAACCAUGUCCACUGAAGAAACAAGAAAUCACGCCAAGUGACGAGAUCAGAAUGGAUCAGCCAUCGUUUUCGCCUGAUUUAUUUAACGCCAGCUCCGGUCUUCAGGAUCACCUUUUCUCCGCCGAUCCUCAGAGGGACUCGCUGUACAUCGUGAUCCCAGUCACCAUCAUUUAUAUAUCGAUCUUCGUCACCGGUACGAUCGGGAACAUAAGCACGUGCAUUGUGAUAGCGCGCAACAAGUCGAUGCACACGGCGACCAACUAUUACCUCUUCAGCUUGGCAAUCUCGGACCUGUUGCUGCUGGUCUCCGGGCUUCCAGCCGAGAUUUACAUGGUCUGGUACAAAUAUCCGUACAUAUUCGGCGAGGGUUUCUGCAUUCUCCGUGGCCUGGCCGCUGAAACUUCGGCGAACGCUUCGGUUCUGACUAUCACCGCGUUCACCGUCGAGAGAUACGUGGCCAUCUGCCAUCCAUUCCUCUCGCAGACGAUGUCUAAAUUGACUAGGGCAGUGAAACUUAUUUUGAUCGUAUGGCUGGUAGGAUUGUCGUUCGCGUUGCCGCAGGCUCUGCAGUUCGGCGUGGUUCAGCUACCCACGCAUCCGAAUAUGAUGAUGUGCACCGUGACGAAAGUUCUGUUGAGGCACUCUUUCGAACUGUCCACCCUGCUGUUCUUCGUGAUGCCGAUGAGCGUGAUUACUGUACUCUACGUGUUAAUUGGACUGAAACUGAGGAAGUCGAGUAUGAUGAAGAGAGGCAGCGGGAGGGAUCAGAGAGGAAGCUGCAGGCAUCAUCCUGGAAGGUCCUCGAGGAGGGUGCUCAAAAUGCUUGUCGCAGUGGUGAUAGCAUUCUUUAUCUGCUGGGCCCCGUUUCACGUGCAACGACUGAUCGCUAUUUACGGGACUAAUACCGAGGACCACCUGACGUCGAACAGCAAGUGGAUCGAGUUCAUUUAUCUCCUGAUGACCUACAUAUCCGGCAUCCUCUAUUAUAUCUCUACAACGAUCAACCCAAUUCUAUACAACAUCAUGUCGAACAAAUUUCGCGUCGCGUUCAUGGAAACAUUGUCACGAAGCUGGAGGAUACCGGGGCUGGUGAUUCGCAACGAGCAACGAUCUUAUUCAAGCUUGUCGCGAUCGCAGCAGCGGGCGAUCGGCUGCUCGAGAACGGCCGGCACCAUGGGCACCCGGAUCGCUCCUGAAAGCACCGACUAUUCCGGCAAUUCGGUUCGCGAGGACAGCCCGAAACAGGUGACUUCGUUGGAACAACGAUGUAUGGAUGGGGAUGAACUCGAGGAGAUGAACACAACGCGAAAUACUCUCCAUAAUGGAAACACAGAGAAUCAUGAGAGGAAAAACGGGGGCAACGAUAAUGGAUGUUUGAAGAAUUCGAGUAGACCAACUAAAUAUGCAACUGCUAAAACUUCAAACGUCGACUCCGACUCCAGGAAGAAGUGGUGGCGGCUGCUUAAGUGGUUCCCCGGUUUGAAAUCGCUGAAGCUUGCAGGAAGGAGCACGUACGCUGCGCCGGGAAAUCGUACCGCUAAGAAGCCGGAAGUUAGGAAGGAGGAAAUCUCAAUGACUAUGUGGAACGAGAACAGCGAACAGUGGCCUGUCUGAGAUGCCGGGCUUUCGAGUGUGGGACAUCGUUUUAAUGGGGGUCCUACAAGGACUCUAGUUUCCUGCAAAUUUUUCAUCGUACACAUGAACUGUUUCGAAAUGUGAAGACUGAUUCUUACUACUUAGACUUCUCAUCGAAAACCUAAUCGUUCUCGUACUGUGUCCAUCGGUAUACCUAGAUAUGCUUUUCGAGUGUUGCUUAGGACCGCGGCAAAUCGUAAGUUCAAGACUUGAAAUGGUACCACGUUCAGGACAAUAUAAAGUAGACUUUAGUAGACUAUAGAUUUUAUGCAAAAUAGAAUAUUUAUAGUAUCAGUGUAAAAUAUUUAUUUUAUUAUGUACACAGAUAUACUUAAUAUUGUCCCCGAUUGUAAAUGUUUGACCACAUAUGAAACAAUACAUCAAAAUGAUUCUCUUGAAGAAGGUUUAGAUAUUCAAGUCCUGAGCAAACAAUUUCAAGUCCUCAAUUAUGAGUGGCAGAUGUCGAUUUCGUUAUAAGAAUAAAGAAUCGAAUUAAUAUAUAAUUAACGAUGAUAAAAAUUAUCACUUAUGAUUCUUUUGACACUAAAAAGUGUCUAGUCUUCCACAUUUGAAAAUUAGCCACUGUCUUAUCAAUUUCUUAUACAUAUCUUUGGCGCGCGCGACUUAUCCUGGAAAGUAAUAUAAUGCAUUUGGUUUUAUCGUUCAUUAAUAUGCGUUUAGUGAUUUCUAUUAAGAUUGAAAGCAAUGUAUAGACAAUGUACUUAUUAUAAUACGUUUCGUUGUGUAUAUAUUAAAAAGGAAUAAUAUUCUGUACAAAGUGUCUGGUGGAUAUGGGAAGUAUAAAUAAACGUGGGCAUAAAUAAAUUGCGAAAAAAAUUUUCAAGUUAACACGCUGUAGAUAAUAAAUGAAAUUUGUUAAACUGUAGCGCAAAAUAAAUCAUUAUGCGUAUCCGUAAAGAACAUUGUACGUGCUUGUAUGUGACUGACGUAGAAAAAAAUUGUAAAUAAGAUGAAUGACAAUUGGAAAUAGUCAUCGUCGCUACGUUAGAAUAACGCGGAUCGUUUAACGAAAACGCGUCUGUUCCUUCGGGAUGUGAUAUGUAUUUAUUUAUUGUGUAAUCGUCGUACGUUAUUGAUUUGAAAAUAGAUGAGCGCUCGGCCCUGUCACUCCUGUGUCCCGUUUGUGUCGUUUGUAAGUCAAUGUAUUUACAGUAAUAAUAUUUUUGAUAAUUACAAACAA